GGAAGCGCCCUGAACCUUACCUGCCGGGCAUUUUUUGGCUACAGCGGCGAUGUCAGCCCCCUCAUCUACUGGAUGAAGGGGGAGAAGUUCAUAGAGGACCUGGAUGAAGAGAGAGUCCAGGAGAGCGACAUCAAGGUCAUCAAGGAGCAUCUUGGAGAACAGGAAGUGGCCAUUUCACUAACUAUUGACUCUUUAGAGGAGGAAGACCUGGGAAAUUAUUCGUGUUAUGUGGAAAAUGGCAACGGCCGUCGCCAAGCUACCAUCCAGCUUUUCAGGCGGGCAGAGCUCAUGUACACUGUGGAGCUGGCAGGAGGGCUGGGAGCAAUCCUGCUGCUACUCAUCUUUCUCAUCUCACUCUACAAAUGCUACAAGAUUGAGCUGAUGCUUUUCUACAGGAGGCACUUUGGCAGUGAAGAUGUAGACGGAGAAAAUAAAGACUAUGAUGCAUAUUUGUCUUACACCAAAGUGGACCCUGACCAGUGGAGUCAGGAGACCCGGGAAGAGGAGCGCUUUGCCUUGGAGAUCCUCCCUGAUGUUCUGGAGAAACAUUAUGGCUACAAACUCUUCAUCCCAGAUCGAGACCUCAUCCCAUCAGGAACCUACAUCGAGGACGUGGCCCGCUGUGUAGACCAGAGCAAACGCCUCAUCAUAGUUAUGACACCCAACUACGUAGUGCGGCGAGGCUGGAGCAUCUUUGAGCUGGAGACACGACUGCGCAACAUGCUGGUGACGGGUGAGAUCAAAGUCAUCCUGAUCGAAUGUGCCGAGUUGCGCGGAAUCAUGAACUACCAGGAAGUGGAGGCGCUUAAACACACCAUUAAGACCCUUACUGUCAUCAAAUGGCGUGGAACCAAGAGCAACAAGCUCAACUCCAAGUUCUGGAAGCAGCUGCAGUAUGAGAUGCCCUUCAGACGCACGGAGCCCAUGCUCACGCAUGAGGCGGCACUAGACGUCAGCGAGCAGGGCCCAUUCGGAGAGCUGCAGACUGUUUCUGCCAUGUCCAUGGCGGCAGCCACUUCCACGGCCAUGGCCACCGCCCACCCAGAGCUGCGCUCCUCGUUCCACAGCACCUACCACACCACCAUGAGGCAGAAACACUACUACCGCAGUUACGAGUACGACAUGCCCCCAGGAGGGACCUUGCCACCUCUCUCAUCUCUGGGAAACCAGCACACCUACUGCAACAUCCCACUCACACUGCUGAACGGACAGAGGCCACCCGGGAAGAGCCGAGAGCACAGUCUGGAGGAGGGGCACGCCAACAACGCCAUGCUCCCUCUGCUGCCCAGGGAAACCAGCAUCUCCAGCGUCAUCUGGUAAUGGCAAGCAGACUCGGCGCCAGCUUUAGGAAGAUUGGUCAACGUCAGACAUGACGAGGUUACAGUCUGGCAGUUCUUAGGAACACAGUUCGAGGUUGUGAUUACGGCAAAAAGCAUUUGGAUCCGUAUGGCUCCGGCAGCUAGUCAUGGAGGUAAAGCAGGUUCCUGGACGUGGUUUGUCUUGUUGUUCAUUCGGACUGCACCUCGUUUCGAGAGGAUGUUUUCUAUGUGGAACUACAGGGGAUAAUGCGAACACACUGUUUCAUUAACUAGCGAGAAAUGGACUCACAAGGACUCCAUGGUGAAGAACCAACACACUAUGGCAAUUAUUCACAGGAACCAAUACACACACACACGCAUACACAGAUACAAGAAAUUGCAUCCAUACAAGCAAAAGGAAAACAGGGUCUGUACAUAUAUUUCAAUUUAUUUGUAGCAUCAGUGUUUUCCUGUUUUGUUCUUUUGUUUAUUUUAUUCAAUCAUGUUUGUUGCCUUCUCUAAUGUAGGACUUUUGCUUUAACUUGUCAUAAAGAGUUGUAUAUUUUUAAUCUUUUUCUCUUUUUUUGUCUCUUUUUCUUUUUUUAUUUCUUAUUUUGUAACACGCUCGAUAGGAAAGCCAAUAUGACAUGUGCGUGCGCUGUUGUGUUCCUUUGUUUGUUUGUUUAAAAAUCUUUGUUGUUUAAAGAGAACUUUUUUUUUUUUCGAACUUUGGGAAACGCCUGGACAUUUCAGGAGCUUUGAGGAGCUAAAACUUGUUUUCGUUUACCUGUAAAAGGUGUAUCUAGUUUAAAAGGAAACUCUCUCUUUUUAAAAAAAAAAAUAGAAUAUGCAAAAAGAAGGAGAAGCUGGCAAAAAUAUAUUGUCUCGUGGGACUGAAAAGGAGGAGUGGUUGGGGAGCAGCGCUCGUCCUCUCCAAGCAGAUAGACUGGCAGAUCUCUCUCUAAAGCUUCAUAUUUUCUAUUGAAACAAACAGCCUUGCUGUUUUAGAGUGAUAGUGAAAUGCCUCACCUUAAAAAGAAAUCUGUAGAUUAUUUUAAAAAGAAUUCUAUUUUUAUAACUGAAAAGAGUUUGCUUGAGAUGUCAUACUUAUUUGCAUUUCAUCUUCCAUAGAAAGAGGAUUUGUGUAUAAGUGUUAUGCUGGUUUUGUGCCCUUCGGUGUGGCUCCUGGUUUGUUAAAGAGAUUAAGGUGGCUUUUGAAUCCCACAUGACAAAAAAAUGUCCUCUGCUCUUCUAGAUUCAAAGGUAAAGAAUUUUCAAUGUUUUGGUUUAAAAAAAAAAA